AUGAUUACUGUCACUUCUUAUUGGAGACACGUUCUAUUAUCAUCCUCUUUAUUUGUAGUAAUUUUUGUUACCAUUGCUAUACUAUACUACGUUCUAUUCUUUCCAUUCUUAUUAACAUGGUAUAUUAUGUCAAUGGGUCCAGUCGGUCUAUUUGUUGCGCAUAUACAAUGGAUUUUACAAUCUGGUUCAAUGACAAAAACGGUUUGUCAAAAUAUGCUGUUGAAAAGAUUAAAUGAUCAAAUCUUUGAUAUGGCAUUGUAUAAUAAUGGACAGAAAAAGUUCUUGUAUGAAUCAAAAUUUAUUAAAAGUAAACCAAAAAGGAAGAAAAGACUUCCUUGGAGAUAUAGGGAAUUUUGGACUUAUGAUAUACCUUUGAUGACCUAUACUUUGACAAGAGGUUUAGCUAUUACAUUGAUUUUAGCUAUAAUAUCACUUAUACCAAUUAUCGGACCUCUAAUUACAAAUCAAUUAUUAAGUCCAAGGAGAGCAUACAGUUAUUUAGGAAGAUAUUUUUUUCUAACUGGCGAAGAGCCAACAGUGUCAAAAACUUUCCAGUAUGAACAUAUAGGUAGAUUUAUUUGCUUCGGAAUGACUUCUGGUAUUUUGGAAUUUUUACCAUUUUCAUCUAUUAUUACAAUGACCAGUAAUACAAUUGGUGCAGCUAAAUGGGCUUCUGCAAUCAUAGAAGAAAAUAAACCAGUUCAUGCUGUCCAACAAUAA